UAUAAGAAGAAGUACUUUAAUGAAUGAAUUAAUGUAUAUUUCAUGUAGUUAACAUGAAAAAGCAUUUAAAGAGAAACCUCUGCCAACUUUACCACAGUGCCAAUGUUCAUUCACAUUCAUGAAAUAAUCCACAUUCAUGUUUAUUUCAUGCAUCAGAUCCAGAUGUUGUUCUUGAUUUUGACCAGUCCACACAGUAACAUCGUUCUAUAUGAGGAACUGACAUUUUAGCUCAUUUAUUUACAUAAAUGUCCACAACUCCCCUAUCUUGCAAGGUUACAUCAUCAAAAAACAUUCUUAACAUUUUGAGUUAAACUGGCCACAGACAGACAGUCACAAAACAUAAACUUCCUGGUGGCGGUAGCUUCACUGCACUUGUAGAAAUCGACUAAUUCAGUCAUUCUCAGAAAUACUGUUAUGUAUGCCGCUGGUGUACAGUUCAAGUAAGGUUUAUGUUUAUGUUACGUUUAAAGAUCACAAGAUUACAAAAAGAUUGUUAAAGAUUACAAGAACAAACAGGAUUGAAAUAAAAAAAUUAUAACAUCAACAAAUUGUCAAGUGUGUUUUUUUUCAUAUGCUAAAGGCUAUAAGGUAGGAAGCUGGGUUCCUUUCGUUAGUAUUUCAAUAACUGGACCAGCUCUUAUCACAAUACACACUUUUUAACUUAAUUUGAACUAUGACUUUUCAGCCUACAUACUGCCCAAAACCGGCAUGUAAACAAACACUGUACAAACUCCAUAGCUCAAGAGUGAAUGUAUAAAUCUCUUUGUAGGAACAAUUUUAUUGUCUGAUAGAUGUGGUAUGUAUUUCUUGGCUAACAUUAUUUAGCUUCCUGAGGACUUCAGAUUAGGCUUGUGCCAAAUAGUGUUAGAUGCAGAAAAAAUAUAACAGAACAAGAACCAAAUGAGACAAUAAAAAAUAGAAUUAGAUAUAUGGCACAAAAACUAAAUUCAUUUAAAUAUAAGAACAAUAAUGGUGGCAUAAUGUGUAAGACUAGUAUCAGUUCUUAUGAUCAAGAGAACAAAAUAUUCUCAUGAAACAAUUAUUGUAAGACCAUGAAUCAACAGUUGUGAGUGAGACUCUGUUCUUGUCAUCCUGUUGUGAUUUGAUUGCUGUUCAUAUUUGGCUGACCUAUGUUGUUAAGUUUUGUUUGAACAUGCUGAACUGGAUCCAACCUUCCACUAAAUUCCAGCCUGGUGCAAAGUGCUCGCUGUCUCUCCACCAGCAUCGUCUGUGUUUGAUAGCAGGUGAGUGAAUGGGCGGGAGUUGCUGGUGACGCUGCUGCUGAAAAUCCAAAACAUUCCCAGUUGUAAUGAUCAUUAACAGAGGUCACUUCUGGAAAACAUCUACUGAGAUUCCCGAGAGGAGCAUCUUUUUCCACCUGUUUACCAACACUCUCUUCAGACCCUCUUCAUGGUGUAUAUUAUAUACUGUGGGACUUGAGUACUGUUCUUCUAGCAUGUUUACCUGAAGUGAACCGCUGCGUUCUGACUGGGGGAGGGGAGCUACAAAGACUCUGGCUGAACCCUGCAAAUGAAGGAAAUGUAGACUAAUUUAUUUCUCAAUAACCUGUGCUUUUCAGGCUGGCUAAACACAGAAGUUUAGUAUAAACCUGCAUUGUGUCCUCUUUCCAGCUUGUUCCAUAUGGUUUUUUGUUUUUGACUGUUCCAGGCCAUUCAGAAAAGGAACCCCCCUCAUUGUGCUGUGAAAUCUUUGUUGAACUGUACAUUGCCAGCUUUUGUAGCCACAUAGCACAAAGUCAGUUUCAGAUAAACUGGCUCAAUUUGUGUGGUCAGCCUAUUCUCCCUUUCCACCUCCCAACAGGAUUAAUCUCAUCAACACUUUUAAGAUUAAAAAUAGCCAUGCAAACUGCAUGGCAAAGUCUUGAUGUAAGGGAUUUAUUCUGGAAAGCUCAAGGUGACAUUAAGCAUAAGCCAUGGGUGACUGGACCAUACUUGGUCGCUUCCUGUCGGAGGUUCAGAAUCACUCUACAGUGAUAGGCAAGAUCUGGCUCACCAUGCUGCUCAUUUUCCGUAUCCUGCUGGUGGCAUUGGUGGGUGACGCUGUCUACAGCGACGAGCAGUCAAAGUUCACCUGUAACACACGGCAGCCCGGCUGUAGCAACGUCUGCUAUGACACAUUUGCUCCUGUUUCACAUCUGCGGUUCUGGGUCUUCCAAAUUGUGCUGGUCUCCACCCCAUCUAUUUUUUACAUAGUUUUUGUUCUGCAUAAAAUCGCCAAGGAUGAGAGGCAAGCUGACCAAAGCGCACAUGUGUUAGCACAGAGGCCCCCCAGACAGACAGGUGGACACAUGGGAAAGGAUGGCAUAGUGAGUCCUGGCAUGCCCACUUACUGUCCACAUUACACAGAGGAUUGGGACAUGAGGGAUAGCGAUGGAUUAGAAGAAAGCUUUCUGGCACAGGAUUGUGGCGAAUUAGAGGAGGACCCAACCCAGCAGUCCAACCAAGUUCUACUUAUCUACAUUCUUCACGUGUUACUACGAUCUGUCAUGGAGAUAACCUUCCUGGUGGGCCAGUACUUCCUGUUUGGUUUUGAGGUGCCUCACCUGUACCGCUGUCAGACCUACCCUUGCCCUACCCGUACAGACUGUUUUGUGUCACGUGCCACGGAGAAGACUAUCUUCCUGAACUUCAUGUUCAGCAUCAGCCUGGGCUGCUUCGUGCUCAACAUCGCAGAGCUCCACUACCUUGGCUGGGUCCACAUUUUCCGCGUCCUCCACUCAACUUGCUCGACUUGCUGCAGUCAGGACAGGGAAAUGGUCAGACUGUACUCAAACCACAACCCUCUCCUGCUGCAUUUCAGGCAUUCUCUGAGGGGCCAGCUUGUUCUGCAGACCCCAGCAGCCAUGGUCCCAGAGAAGUCAGUAGGUCUGCUUACACAUGCCCCAGCUAUCUCCUUUGAGACAGACUCCACUGUGGAAUGCAUCUCCAAGAGAAAUCCAGAGAGCAGAGACAAAGUGAAGGUCAAGUUGGCCAACAUGACCAGAAUGGGACGUAUUAAGUCUUGGUUAUGAGACAUUGAAAGACCAUGAGACAUUGUGCUGUAGUUAAAUCUGUGAAAACACUUCUGGGCUGCACAUGUGUGCAACAUUACCACUUGUCCUGAGUGACCCAAUCACAAGUGGACAACUCACACGGUGUCCAGUAACCACCUGUGAUUGGAUCUCAUAUGCAAAGGAGAACAUGUGCAUUUACCAGUAAUGUGCAGUUGGGAAUGCUCUUGCUGUGUCUGAGUUGAAGUUGGCUGAAGGUCAAACAAUUCAACCAGCUGAGCUAUAGCAGUUUUGUUUAUUUUCAAAGACAUUGUGAAUGUGCCUGAUUCUUGCAGUUCUUGCAUUUCUUGCCAGUGUAGCAUUGUGGGAAAGUAGUGUACACACACAGCACACUCAGUAAACAAGCAUGUUUUAGAGAGUAUCUUUUUGUCCCUACAUGUGACGCUUAACUCCUUAGUUAUCUUGCUGUAAAUGAACUCAGGUGUUUUUUUUAUCCACAGAAAUGUAAAAAUUCAUGGUGAGUUCAUACAAUACAUAGUCAGAGUUUACUGAGCACUUUAUUAAGAACAUCUGUCCAGCUGCAUUCAUUUAAACGGGCAUCAUGUGGCAACAUGUAAUGGGAGUUUUUCGACUCUGUUGAACAUGACACAUGUCUGUAUAUACACUGUAUAUAUAUAUAUAUAUUUUGAAGGAGUGGACAUGAUUAUGCCAUUACAUUAAAGGUAUCUUUUCAAAGUUUAAAA